AUAUGCGUGCACUUUUAGCCACCAGUUGCGCUCUAAAUGGCUCCGAACGAUGCAGUUGCGGAGCAGGCUGAGGAGCAGCCAAAGAUUUCCACAUUUGCCGUUCUGGACCUAGAAACCACCAACUUGCCUGCCUACAGGAACAACCGAGUGAGCAUUACGGAGUUGUGCAUUUACGCCUUCGAAGCCGCGCUCCUAACGAAGAAAAAGGAGGAGCAGAACCAGGAUGACCAGCAGGAGCUACCAGCGGCACCGCGGGUGCUGCACAAAUUGAAUCUGCUCUUCCAGCCGUCCAUGGUAGUGGACCCGGAAGCGGAGAGAAUAACAGGUCUGAGCAACUACUUGCUGGAGCGGGAGUCCCAGCUGGAUACGGACGCCGCGCAACUCAUCGUCAGCUUUCUAAAGCACUUGCCGAGUCCGGUUUGUCUGGUGGCUCACAAUGGUUGGGGCUUCGAUUUUCCCAUUCUGAGGCAGGCAUUUGAGAAACUGAACAUAGAGCUUCCCCAAUCCCUGACUUGUGUAGACUCACUGCGCGCCUUCAUGGAGAUUGACGACACACAACGAAAAGAAACCAGUCCGUUCAAAGUCCCCAACGAUGUGAAGGAAAUUCUCGACAUUACGGAACUAGAACCCAAACAGGAUACUGAAACUUGCCUCAAGGAGCCAGAAGCGGUCGUGAACAUCGAUUGGCGAACCAGAAACGAAACCACUCCCAACCGUCCGAUUUUAAAGCCUAAAGAGGCGUUUGCAAAGCGUGCGUUAUUACGCGACGGCGAUGUGGAUGACUUGGAGGGGCAGACCCCUCCCAAGCGAAAACCCGAAGGAUUCAGGUCGCGACGUCAGCUGUUCAGUGGAUGCAAGUGCGCCGAGAACAAACGCUAUCCGCCCCGCGGAGUUUAUAAUUUGGGAAGUCUGUACACCAGAAAGUUUAAGAUACCAGCAAUUAGUGCCCACCAGGCAGAGGCUGAUGUAGCCAUGACCACAAAACUGAUACAGCAUUACGGCAUUGAUUUCCUGGCCUUCGCCGAGGAGCAGGCCAUUCCAUUCCAGGAAGUGGUGCCACUUGGCUCUCCUGUUUGUCGAAAAAAGAGCGCAAUCUAACCAAUUCUAUUCCAGCAUGAAUUUCAUUUUAAAAUGUAAUG